CAGCAUGUUCAGCAUUCAGCACACAGCACUAUUGUUUGUAGGAAGCAUUUGCACGAUGCUGAGACAGCUGGAAGGGUUUACACUGUGAGGGGAGGGCCCUUCUUUCACCAUCCUUUGCGUAAAUGGCUUAUCUCACCUCCACUCAACAAGCCCAGUGUAUGGCCUAGAACUCCCAUCAUACCUGUGCACCAAUUGAGGAGAGACACAUGGGUGGGAAAUUGCAAUAAAAAGACAGCCCACAGCAGGCUGCAUUCCCACGGCUGGCCGGAGGAGGAGAAACGCUUUGUGUUCUCAUCGGAGCUGCACAGCAAGUCUGCAUACAGCAAAGUGACCUGCAUGCCUCACCUUAUGGAAAGGAUGGUGGGUUCUGGCCUCCUGUGGCUGGCCUUGGUCUCCUGCAUUCUGGCCCAGGCAUCUGCAGUGCAGCAAGGUUAUGGAAACCCCAGUGAAGCCAGUUCCUAUGGGCUGGACUUGGACUGCGGAGCUCCUGGCACCCCAGAGGCUCACAUCUGUUUUGACCCCUGUCAGAAUUACACCCUCCUGGAUGAACCCUUCCGAAGCACAGAGAACUCAGAAGAGAAACAGGGGUGCGAUGACAACAUGAGUGGCUGGUACCGCUUUGUAGGGGAAGGAGGAGUGAGGAUGCCGGAGACCUGUGUCCAGGUGCGCCGAUGCCAGACAGCCGCUCCCAUGUGGUUGAACGGGACCCACCCUGCCCUUGGGGAUGGCAUCGUCAACCGCACUGCCUGUGCCCACUGGAGUGGCAACUGCUGUCUCUGGAAGACGGAGGUGCUGGUGAAGGCCUGCCCAGGCGGGUAUCACGUGUACCGGUUGGAAGACACUCCCGAGUGUAAUCUGAGAUACUGCACAGAUCCCUCCACUGUGGAGGACAAGUGUGAGAAGGCCUGCCGCCCCGAGGAGGAGUGCCUUGCCCGCAACAGCACCUGGGGCUGUUUCUGCAGACAGGACCUCAAUAGCUCUGAUCUCCACAGUUUGCAGCCUCAGCUAGACUGUGGGGCCGAGGAGAUCAAGGUGAAGGUGGACAAAUGUUUGCUGGGAGGCCUGGGUUUGGAGGAGGAGGUCAUUGCCUACCUGCGAGACCCAAACUGCAGCAGCAUCUUGCAGACAGGCGAGACGAACUGGGUAUCUGUGACCAGCCCCGUCCAGGCUAGUGCCUGCAGGAACAUUCUGGAGAGAAAUCAAACCCAUGCCAUCUACAAAAACACCCUCUCCUUGGUCAGUGAUUUCAUCAUCAGAGACACCAUCCUCAACAUCAACUUCCAGUGUGCCUACCCACUGGACAUGAAAGUCAGCCUCCAAGCUGCCUUGAAGCCCAUUGUAAGCUUCCUGAACGUCAGUGUGGGCGGGGAUGGAGAGUUCAUUGUUAGGAUGGCCCUCUUCCAAGACCAGAACUACACGAAUCCUUAUGAAGGGGAUGUAGUUGAACUGUCUGUUGAGUCCAUGCUCUAUGUGGGCGCCAUCUUGGAGCAAGGGGACACCUCCCGGUUUAACCUGGUGUUGAGGAACUGCUAUGCCACCCCCACUGAAGACAAGGCUGACCCUGUGAAGUAUUUCAUCAUCAGAAACAGCUGCUCAAAUCAACGUGAUUCCACCAUCCAUGUGGAGGAGAAUGGGAGAUCCUCGGAAAGCCGGUUCUCAGUUCAGAUGUUCAUGUUUGCUGGACAUUAUGACCUAGUUUUCCUGCAUUGUGAGAUUCAUCUCUGUGAUUCUCAUAAUGAACAGUGCCAGCCUUCUUGCUCAAGAAGUCAAGUCCGCAGUGAAGUACCGGCCAUUGACCUAUCCCGGGUUCUAGAUUUGGGGCCCAUCACUCGGAGAGGUGCGCAGUCUCCUGGUGUCAUGAAUGGAACCCCCGGCACUGCAGGGUUCCUGGUGGCCUGGCCCAUGGUCCUCCUGACUGUCCUCCUGGCUUGGCUGUUCUGAGAGCUCCACUGAGCAUCUGGCCUUGAAGUUGUGUUCUUCCCUCUGGCAAUGGCUCCCUUCACCACUUCUGCUUUCCACUCCAAUUCACACAGUCUUGGUAUUAACAGACUCAAGGCCAGGCUAGGUUUCGGGAAAGGGAAGAACUUUCACCUUCUUUAAAAUUCUCGGCUGGGCGCCGUGGCUCAUGCCUGUAAUUCCAGCACUUUGAGAGGCUGAGGCAGGUGGCUCACCUGAGGUCAGCAGUUCAAAACCAACCUGGCCAAAAUGGUGAAACCCCGUCUCUACUAAAAAU